AUGUGUACAGUAGCGCUAAAGCCAGUUGCUUCAAGGGCUAAAUCUAUGUAUCUUGAAAGCAGCUUUGCUGAGAAGAUUGUUGGGGCCCUGGUGGACAGCAAGCUGACUGUGAGCCAGCAAUGCACCCUCAUGGCAAAAAUGGCCAAUAGUAUCGUUGUCAGCAGAUUGGAGGCUUCUCCUCUCUGCCCAGCAGCACUGAGUGAUACAAAUGAAUAUGAGCUGCUCUUUCUGUGCCUUCAGCUGGUCAAGGUAGCCAAGAAGGUCGAUGACAUCCUGGUCUGUAUCAACAAUGGUGGCCAGCAGGACCAGGGCAGCGAUUGUCCUCCUAGACUCUGCAUUGCUACCCGGGUUCACACAGGACGUCAGCACAAGAACAGGCAAUGGAGCUCUAUUCUCCUGAGCCGUGGCGUUGGCACUCUGACAACUGAACCCAACUUCCUUCUCUUGGAGCCUGGACAGGACACAGAAACAUAUUCAUUUGGCAAAGGGGGAGGGGAACCCCUGUAUCCCUUCCUUAUUUUGUUUUUAUUUUGGAAGGGACAGUUGCAGUUCUCAUGCAGGGCAAGGUUAUAUAAACUUGACGGUCAUGCAGCUCACGAUCCCACCAGGGACAGAGCCCCUGCGUACUCAUUUCGAGGGACCAAAUGUCCCAUCGAAUACAGCUGCUCACCAGGUCCUCGGUACUACAUCCAUCCGUCCAUCAGCAAGACUGGGAAGUAUGUGGGUCCAUCUGCACAUAUGAUGGGACGUCCCAAGACCAAGACUGAGGUCACCCCUGGACCCAGUGACUACACCACGGAUCCUGCCAAUAAACACAUCUACCAUACUGCACCGGCGCAGACAAUGGUGUUCCGACCCAAGGACUUAAAAGCUUACCGAACACCAGGUCCUGCCACCUACACCCUGCCCAGGAUUCUGGGACCCCACACAGUGUACACCCGUGCUGAACCAUGCUACUCCAUGAAGGGGAAGAGUCAAUACCAGAGCGCUUUUCAAGAGGCGACAAAGUCACCAGGUCCUGCAGCAUUUAACAGGGUGGAACUGGACAUCUACAAAACCAGGGCUCCCAAGUAUACAAUGGGUCUAAAAACCAAACUUGCUGGCAAGGGUGUGUUUCCAGGUCCAGCUGACUACAGCCUGGGAAAGUUGUCAGUGAUCAAGGCCCGGGACCCUGCUUACACUUUUGGACUGCGACAUUCUCUCUACAAAGCUUCUUUAAUACCUGAAACACAUCUUGAUUAAAGACAGAUAUCUG